CCUGAACUCACACUUCUGCCAGGAACCAGGGCUCUCCCCAGCACCCUGUCCUCUCCCCCUGCUGGGCACCAGGGCUUCCGCUCCUGGCCUGGGGUUCAGGCGCCCUUGCCCUCCCCUCCUCCGCCCAGCUCCUGCCCUUUGCCCCCUGUCCCCUCUGGAUGUCCACAGCAGGGAGCCGCUGAGCUCAUCAUGGCUUCCCACGGGCUCACCCUCCUCUGCUUUCUGCUCGGACUUCAGGGAUCCCUGGCUGCAGCCACCGGCACUUCCUCUCACUCUUCCCGCAUCUACUGGUGUCCCGGAGAAGCCUCAAACUCAGCGCAAGCCUCGCUGCUGGGAUCACCUGCACCCUGUCUUCGUGACCCAGGAGGAAGCGCACAGUGUCCUCCACAGGCAGCGGCGUGCCAACUCCCUCCUGGAGGAGCUGCGGCCAGGCUCCCUGGAGAGGGAGUGCAAGGAGGAGCAGUGCUCCUUCGAGGAGGCCCGCGAGAUCUUCAGGAGCCUGGAGAGGACGAUGGGGACCAGUGUGCCUCGAAUCCAUGCCAGAACGGGGGCUCCUGUGAGGACCAGCUCCAGUCCUACGUCUGCUUCUGCCUCCCCGACUUUGAGGGACGCAACUGUGAGACAAACAAGAACGCCCAACUCAUCUGUGUGAACGAGAACGGCGGCUGUGAGCAAUACUGCAGCGACCGCGAGGGGGACAAGCGCUCCUGCCGGUGCCACGAGGGGUACGCUCUGCAACCGGACGGAGUGUCCUGCAUGCCCACAGCUGAAUACCCAUGUGGGAAAAUACCUAUUUUGGAAAAAAAGAAUGCCAGCAACCCCCAAGGCCGAAUUGUGGGGGGCAGGGUGUGCCCCAAAGGGGAGUGUCCAUGGCAGGCCGUGCUGUUGCUGAACAGGGCGCUGCUCUGUGGGGGCACCCUGCUGGACCCUAGCUGGGUGGUGUCCGCAGCCCACUGCUUUGACAAGAUCCGGAGCUGGAGGAACCUGUCCGUGGUGCUGGGCGAGCAUGACCUCAGUGAGGACGACGGGGACGAGCAGGCCCGGUGGGUGGUGCAGGUCAUCAUUCCCGACAAGUACAUCCUGGGCAAAACUGACCAUGACAUCGCACUGCUCCGCCUGCACCAGCCCGUGACCCUCACUGACCACGUGGUGCCCCUCUGUCUGCCGGAGAGGGCCUUCUCCGAGAACACGCUGGCCAGCAUCCGCUUCUCGUGGGUCAGCGGCUGGGGCCAGCUGCUGGACCGUGGUGCCACGGCCCUGGAGCUCAUGGCCAUCGAGGUGCCCAGGCUGAUGACCCAGGACUGCCUGGAGCAAUCCAAGCAGAGGCCGGACUCCCCAGUGGUCACAGAGAACAUGUUCUGUGCCGGCUACCUGGACGGCAGCAAGGACGCCUGCAAGGGGGACAGCGGGGGCCCCCACGCCACACGCUACAGAGGCACGUGGUACCUGACGGGUGUGGUCAGCUGGGGAGAGGGCUGCGCUGCCGCCGGCCAUGUCGGGGUGUACACCCGGGUCUCCCAGUACACGGAGUGGCUCCACAGGCUCAUGGACUCCAAGCCCCAGCUGGGCAUCCUGCGGCGAGCCCCAUUCCCCUAGCUCCUGGGGAAGCCCAGCCCUGCCCUGGGGACGCUGCUGCCACUGGCACUGUGUGGAGCUGCCCUGCAUCAAGUCCCACCCUCCCCACGCUCUUGGUGCCAGGGAGAGAAAGGCAGAGGCCCAGAGAGCGAGGGACAGUCAGGAGAGGCAGGUGGCCAGCCCAGGGUGCCGGGCAGUCCUGAAGGAGGGCUGCAGAAGACCUGGCCGCCCCGCCUGGCCCCCCAGCACCCCGUCUGUGCGUGCCCUGCCUCUGAGACUGCACGGCUGUGUACACAUGUGUACACACGGCAGGGGGGGGGGUGCUCUGAGGGCUGUGGCUCACUUUGCCUUUCUGUGUCGGUGUCUCACCCUCUUUCCAUUAAACGCGAAGCACCUCGGGCUGGCAGAGCCUCCCUGGGCGUGUUCUAGCAUAAA